GGUGCGUCUCCUCCCUGUGCGUGACAAACCAACAGGUUUCUGUUUGGUCAGCACGCGCUUUAUUUUCCUUUUCUGCAUCAGCUCAAAUAUUCCCAAGUUUCCCUUCAUCUGUUUACUUCUGCUGUCUCUGUGGACGGGCUCGUCCAGGUCAGAGCCAUAGAGUGUCCUUCUCUCUCUCUCUCUCUCUCUGGUCCAGGUGCUGCACAGGACUUUUCCCUCGCUGUAUUAAUGCACUUUACAACUUGCAUUGAACAAUAAUCAACUAGUGGACAACAAGUGGAGGGAUUUUCUUCCUGAAGCAUCAUAUGUUGAAUAUUGGGAUUUGAAGAGAAACACCUGUUGCCCCUGUCCACCUGCUGUGGACUUUUUAGGCUUCCUGUCUGAACGUCAUGCAGACAUCGACAAUGAAAGCUUGAUAACAGAGUUGAACUUUUUACUGCUCUGAAAGGAAGGUUUGAUUUUUGGACUAACUAUGGAGUUGACGGGGCAAAGGGCAAAGUGUCUGGCGCUGCUCCUACUAGUUGCCGUUUGUGUGCAGGGUGUCUUUGUGGAGCCUCCCCAGGCCGUCACCUCCCUGCGCUCCUUCGCAGAGAGCCAGACCAGGCUCCCCUGUCACUACCAGGAGGACGAGGGGGAGAAGGUGGUGCAGGUCACCUGGUACAAGGAACUCCCAGACGGCAGCACGGACCAGAUCAUCACGGCCCACUUCAUAGACGGCCACACAGAGUUUGGGCGUUACUCCGGCCGGGUGAGAUUCGAGAGCGGGAGCCCCACGGUGAAUUCGGCUCUGCUCAUCCUCAGCACAGAGGAGUCGGACGAGGGCAACUACGCCUGCCGCAUCUCCACCUUCCCAAACGGGAACUUUGAGAGGCACAUCACACUGACCGUUUGGAUUCUACCUAUCUCCUCCCUGGAGCCGAUGCUACUGGUAGAGGGCCAGCCGUUCGGGGUGGUCGCUUCCUGUCGAGCCGUGGGCCGCCCUCCUCCUCGGCUCUCCUGGGACACCGAACUGCCAGGUCGCUCCCAAAACCGCAGCAAAGAGGGCGGGGCCGUGUCCAGCUAUUUCUCCCUGCACCCCCUGCGCAGCAUGAAUGGGAAGAAGCUGGACUGUCUGGUGUGGCAUCCCGGCCUGGAGCAGCCGCGUAGGAUCUCUCACCGCCUGCUGGUGCAGUACCCCCCAGAUGCCACCAUCUCCUCUGGGACAGUGGACUGGUUUGUGGGUUUGGAGAAAGCUGAGCUGGUGUGCGGCAGUGGAGGAAACCCCAAACCUCAGAACUUCACCUGGACGUGGAAGGGAGGAGCUUUGCCAGAUGGGGUGUCCGGGGUUGGAGAAAGACUUGUUUUUGGGCGGGGCCUCCGCAUGAAUGACAGCGGGCUCUAUGAGUGUGUGGUCAAAAACGCCGUGGGAGCGGCAAAAGCAGAGUUUAUGUUGACAUUAACAAAGACAUCACAACUCAAGGGCAAGUUCCCCAUGGACAACAUGUUGCUCAUCAUUAUUGGGGCUUCAGCCGGCGCUUUGGUCCUGAUCCUGGUCCUGGUGGUUCUGCUGGUCAACCGCUACCAUCGACAUAGAAACAAAAAGCUUCAGAUGGAGCUCAGCGAGAAAACGGAGGAAAUUCAAAGCUUCUCCCGACAAGCCUCCUUUAGAAGACUGAACUCUGUCAGCACAGACCCCAGAGUGCAGGCUGAAGACAGCAGAAUGAAAAGCAGCCAAUUAUCUCUGGAACGAACCAUGUACAAAGGCAGCCAGUCCACUCUGGGCGGGAAGUGGGGGUCUGCAGGAGGGGUGGAGGUGGACGAACUGGGACGUCCAGUUCUCUGGCACAACGGCAGAGACAGCCUGAGAGGAGCAGAGAUGGAUGGAGAGAAGGAGGAACAAAGGAGAAGGGUGGAGUCCUACCUGAAGAACAGUAACAUGUCACUGGACUCAGGUCUGCCCUCUUCCUUGGUUCCCCUGAAGGCCCAGCAGGAUGAAAGCGGCGUGGGGCCCAGAGAGCCAGACCUGGGCCACGUCGAAGAGGGCGACUCCCCGCGGGGAGAGGACUGGCCUCCGCCUCCCACCCAGGCGGUAGCCGAGGGACACGAUGAUGACAAUGAAAGCAGCUCCUACCAGCUGUCAGAGGCUCUCACACAUCACUUCUACUACAGUAAGGGCGUCCUCCGGCCCAGGCCACACUCCAACGCCAUUCUGCUGCACCCCAGAGGACAGAUCAUCUAGAACGCAGAUUCUCAUCCAAAAGAUGACAGGAGAGAAAGUCUGCCUGCACACCUGCAGUCAAAAUUACCUCAUUCUUUUCAAUGGGAUGAUAGUUUAGUACACAUUGACUUCAGUGGGUAAUUAGCCUCAA